AGAACUUUCUUUGAUGGACUACAUUUCCCAUGAUCCUCUACAGGAAGUUCGUCACAUGUUGAUGUCGGAGAGUAUGGCGGCUCAGUGAAACGAACGGUGUUCGUAAGCGUGUUGUUUCUUCAGCAGAAAUAUGGCUGGAGAAACUAAUGAAAAGAGAGACCUGGACAGCUCAGGAAAGGAGCGAGAGCGGAAACGCAGCCGGUCGCGGUCUCGGGAGAGAGAAAGGAAAGUUUCUCCAGGGAAGGACCGCAAACGUCAUCGUUCACGUGAGCGGAAACGCUCCCGCAGCCGCUCCAAAUCUGCAGACAGAGAUCGUCGUCAGAAAGACAAAGAAAGAGAAAGAGAUAAGGACAGAGACCGAAGCCGUAAAGACAGAGAACGAGAUAAGGACAGCCACAGACGGGAUAAAGAUCGUAGUAAGAAAUCAAGGAGUGCAUCUCCUAAAUCCAAGGAUUUAAAAAUAAAGAGAGAAAAAGAUGUGAAGAAAGAAGAUGAUGAUGAAGAUGAGAAGAAAAAAGAGAAGGUGCAGCCUCUGUCUCUGGAGGAGCUGCUGGCUAAAAAGAAAGCAGAGGAGGAAGCCGAGUCCAAACCCAAGUUCCUGUCCAAGGCUGAACGAGAGGCAGAAGCAAUUAAACGCAGAGAACUAGUGGCUGAAGAACGCCGCCGACAGAUUGAUGAUGAGAGGCGGAAGAGGAGAGUGUUCCAGGACAUUGGGAGGAAGAUGAUGGAGGAUCCUCAAGAGAGAGAGCGCCGUGAACGCAGAGAGCGAAUGGAAAGAGAGAACAAUGGAAACGAGGAUGAUGAGGGACGACAGAAGAUACGAGAGGAAAAAGACAAAGGCAAAGAACUCCAGGCCAUCAAAGAGCGUUAUUUAGGUGGAAUGAAGAAACGGCGGCGCACCAGGCACCUUAACGACAGGAAGUUUGUGUUUGAGUGGGAUGCUUCUGAGGACACGUCCAUCGACUAUAACCCACUGUAUAAGGAGAAGCAUCAGGUGCAGUUGUACGGCCGUGGCUUUAUCGCAGGUAUUGAUCUCAAACAGCAGAAGAGAGAUCAGUCUCAUUUUUAUGGAGACCUGAUGGAGAAGAGGCGCACCAUGGAAGAGAAAGAGCAGGAAGAGCUGCGUCUGAAGAAGAUGAGAAAGAAGGAGGCUAAGCAGCGCUGGGACGACCGGCACUGGUCUCAGAAGAAGCUGGAUGAGAUGACGGACAGGGACUGGAGAAUCUUUCGGGAGGAUUACAGCAUCACCACCAAGGGAGGCAAAAUCCCCAACCCCAUCCGCAACUGGAAAGAGUUCGACCUGCCGCCUCACAUCCUGGAGGUCAUCGACAAGUGUGGCUAUAAGGAACCAACUCCCAUCCAGAGGCAAGCCAUUCCUAUUGGUUUACAGAACCGUGACAUUAUUGGUGUUGCUGAGACCGGUAGCGGUAAAACUGCUGCCUUCCUUAUUCCCUUACUGGUCUGGAUCACCACUCUGCCCAAGAUUGACCGGAUUGAGGACUCUGAUCAGGGUCCGUAUGCAGUAAUCUUGGCCCCCACGCGUGAGUUGGCUCAGCAGAUUGAAGAAGAGACCAUCAAGUUUGGUAAACCACUGGGCAUCCGGACGGUGGCUGUGAUUGGAGGAAUCUCCAGAGAGGACCAGGGUUUCAGACUUAGGAUGGGCUGUGAGAUAGUGAUUGCCACACCUGGUCGUUUGAUUGACGUGUUGGAGAAUCGCUACCUGGUGCUCGGCAGAUGCACAUACGUGGUACUUGAUGAGGCUGAUAGGAUGAUUGACAUGGGUUUCGAGCCUGAUGUCCAGAAGAUUCUGGAAUAUAUUCCAGUGACCAAUCAGAAACCGGACACAGAUGAAGCUGAGGACCCAGAGAAGAUGACGCAGAACUUUGAGUCUGGCAAACACAAAUACAGACAGACGGUCAUGUUUACAGCCACCAUGCCUCCGGCUGUAGAACGACUGGCCAGAAGCUAUCUGCGGCGCGCUGCAGUCGUCUACAUAGGCUCUGCAGGAAAACCACACGAGAGAGUGGAGCAGAAGGUCAUCCUGAUGUCCGAGGGCGAGAAGAGAAAGAAGCUUCUGGAGGUUCUCUCCCGUGGUUUCGAGCCACCUAUCAUCAUCUUCGUCAACCAGAAGAAGGGCUGCGAUGUGUUGGCCAAGUCUCUGGAGAAAAUGGGCUAUAAUGCCUGUACUCUGCACGGUGGUAAAGGACAGGAGCAGAGAGAGUUCGCUCUGUCUAACUUGAAGGCCGGAGCCAAAGACAUCCUGGUGGCCACUGAUGUGGCUGGUAGAGGUAUCGACAUCCACGACGUCUCCAUGGUCCUUAACUAUGACAUGGCCAAAAACAUUGAGGACUAUAUCCAUCGUAUUGGCCGAACGGGUCGUGCUGGAAAGAGUGGUGUUGCCAUGACCUUCCUUACCAAAGAAGACUCGUCCGUGUUCUACGAUUUGAAGCAGGCCAUUCUGGAGAGCCCUGUUUCCACGUGUCCUCCAGAGCUCACCAACCACCCCGACGCCCAACACAAGCCUGGGACCAUUCUCACCAAGAAGAGGAGAGAGGAGACCAUUUUUGCCUAAGGGGACAAAAUUUGGUCACAGUGGACACUGUCAUUUAUAUCCACAUCUCUCUUUCCAUUUGAUGCUCUGUAUCUUCUGUACCUCCCAUCAGAUCAUUCUUAUUAGAUCUUGGUUAUAUUUCGUACAUGCCAUCUUUAUUUUGACGGCAUAACUAGUAACCAGCAUUGAGACUGUAUGUUGUAAUUUGUUGGGGAGAUACCCUCACACACUGCUGUGGGUAGUAGUUUGGACUGAGGUUUUUUUUUCUAUUCAGUUUAUUGAAUCAUUUUUAAACAUGGUAAAAAAAAAAAAAAGUGUACACAAGUUUGAGUCAUUGAGUUAUUUUGCGAGUCAGUUGAAUCUGUUAAGAUCAUACACAGGUGUUAAUGUUAACUGUUAUUUCUGUAAAUUAAUAAUAAAUCAUGUUUGCCUGAGUUUAAA